AUAUGCAAAUGAGUUGCCAUGGGAGUCGUACGCGAGGAGAGUACUUGCAGAGAGCAGAGCGCAUGUGAUUGGCUGGCUCUGUGCUCGAGCGCUAGGUGGUUGAUGAUUGGCUGGCUCUGUGCUCGAGCGCUAGGUGGUUGAUGAUUGGCUGGGUGGGCGAGCGUUAGGAAACGGGAAGCGCUCUGGUUUACGGGCGUUAGUGAUUUGUUAGGUCGACGCGGCUGUGUGACGAAGUGCUGCUGGUGUCUGGUGGGGGGUGUUUUAAAGUUAUUUUCAAAUUAAGAGGUGAUUUUCGAAGCAUGGGGUGCUUUUUCUCGAAAAAAUCAAGGAGAAAAUCUCCGGAUAAAGACCCUGCGCUGGCUUCGGAAGUCUCUACGAGUAAUAACGCUCCUGAAACCAACAACACCAACGGUAACCAAGAGGAACCCAAACAGUACAGCUGGGACAAACGGGAUAAGGUUGAUCCGAAGGACUUCACGCUGAGCGGUUUGAAGGACGCGACCGUGGGCCGUCUGCCCGGAACUCUGAACGGCCAGCAGUUCAUCAUCCAAGAAUGCGAGAACUGUAACAUCUACGUGUUCGACCACUCGGCCGCGGUCAACGUCGACGACUGCGUCAACUGCCGCGUCGUGCUCGGCCCCGUCCGAGGCAGCGUCUUCUUCCGAAACUGCAGAGACGUUAAGUGCGUGGUGGCGUGCCAGCAGUUCCGCACGAGGGACUGCAAGAAAAUGGACGUGUUUCUGUGCUGCGCCACGCAGCCCAUCAUCGAGUCUUCUACAGGCAUGAAGUUCGGCUGCUUUCAGUACUAUUACCCCGAGCUGGCCUUCCACUUCAAGGACGCGGGGCUGAGCAUCUUCAACAACAACUGGAGCAACAUCCACGACUUCACGCCCGUGUCGGGCGAGACCAACUGGAGCCUACUGGCCGAGGACGCCGCCGUGUCGGAGCACGUUCCUCUCCCGGAUCCCGAGUCGGAGUUUAAGGGCGUCCGCGUGUCCGCUGAGAAGAACCGCAGCAUCAUCCCGUUGACCAAAGGAGGGAGGAGAAAGGAGAGCGAGGAGUCCUGCUUGUUCGUCUUCUUCGCUGGAGAUUACACCACGGCCAACGCUCGCAAGCUCAUCGACGAGGUGACUGCCAAGGGCUUCGUCCUGGUCCAGACCAAAGAGGUGUCCAUGCGUCCCGAAGACGUGAGCAGAGUGUUCCAGAACAGCGCAGAGGACCUCGCCGACUGGACGGCUAAAGGUCCCGUUGUGGCUCUCGAGCUGAACGGAGACGGCGUGGUGGAAGCCUGCAGGAUCAUCGCCAACGAGGUGUUCAGCGGAACAAAGGUGUUUGUUUCUGAGAACAAAAGUUCAGCCUCGCAGGACGUCGACAACUUCUUCAACUUUGCCGACAUGCAGCUGGGACUGUGAGCGGACCGGAACUCGGUUUUUAAUACACACAUUUUUAACUUUUCUACGUUCAUCGAUACGAACUAGAAGUGAACUAGAGUUCAUGAUCUAGCUGUGAAAGUGAUUAAGCGAACGCAGAGUCCACUCGCGCCUCGCUCUCUCUCUGUCUCUCGUUUUAAAGGUUGGUUUAAACCUGUGGUUCUCUAUGGACCCCUAGUGUUCAGGAGGUCGCGGUGGCGGAAAUCACAACCCACCAUUAUCCAAGUUACCAUAUUUAACGAAAUGCAAACGCAUUAGAACUCAAUCCGGAUCAGAGCGAAAUUGAUUCUUUUGAUCCGUUUGGUUUCGUUUCACACUGCACACAAUGAAACGAAUCAUUCGGAUGAAACAGCGCACCUUUUAAUGAGUCAAAUCUCACCGAGUCAAAUCUCACAAAUCACCCGAGCGCAGAGCCGGCGGCGCUAAAGAAACGAUUCGAUAAUGAUAUUAAUAACCGGUUCAAAACGUUUAUUUCCUCUUUUUGCCCGUAGCGCGACGCACACGGCGUGUUUGAUUCACUCCCUGCAGGUGAGUCGAUUCACUUACAGGUGAGUCGAUUCACUUUCACACCGGAAUCGCACCACCUCGCUCAAAUUGUGAUUUCCGUGAUCUGACCCGAAUAAAUAAUUAAAUAAUGAGUCUAAAUAUUUCAGUAUUUGUAUUGGGUUCAUCAAAUUUUAUUCCGUACUGAGCACGUCCAUGAUUGGUUGAUUGAUUGAUUGAUAUAUAUAUAUAUUUUUUUUUAAAACAUCAAGAUGGCUUCCUGACUAAAACUUUUGACAACCCCUGGUUUAAACAACUAUUUACUGUAUUUGUUUGUUUAUUUUGUUUUACUGUACUGCUGCUAAAUUCCACGUUAGAUGUUUUUUAUGCUGUUUCUUCUCCGUUUUCUUGAAUUUCUGAAAGCACGUGCCAGUGAAAAGACUGUAACGUCACUGCUUUGUCAGUCAUGCUGAAAACGAGUCAAAGCCUGUAGAUAUUUAUUUAACCGUACGUGCAGAUGAGUGAUCUCUGUCUAUAAUCUCUGUCUGUAAAUCCGGAAGCGCACGUGUUCGCACAGAGAAGCGUUGUUUUCGGAACGCUGAUGCUGAAUAUCUUUUUCCUCUUUUUGCUUGGACACUUUAUUCUCCCCCUUUUUUUCUUUCUUUUUUUUAUGAUGAUUAUUUUUUUUUUUUUUAAAGAGGACAAAUCAUCCGAGUUAUUUAUAGAAACGAGUAUCUAAAGAUGAUGUGUUGCCAAUCAGAUUGUACCUGCUCUGUAACGCUGUCUCUUUUUAUACGGAAAAAGAUUUUACUCCUGUGAACAGAAUCAGUUUUUGUACAGAUGAAAAAAACACAGCGUGAUGUUUUAAUGUAGUUUUGUAUGUUUUAUCGGUGGUUGUUGUUGUUUGUAUGAGGCAGUUUUGUAGAAAUGAAUGUACACUGUGAUUUAUCUAUAAUAUAUAUAAUUUCUUUGGUAGAGUU